UUGGCGUCGUGGGCGGCAGUCGCAAUGACACCGAUUGGAAAUGCCAAUUGGUACAUCGAAGACACACGUGUCGAGCAGGAGCGCGUAUUGGCCGAAAGGGCGAGGCGGAAGGCGGAGGACAGUGCCCGUCGCAACGCCGAGGCUCGCAGAUGUGCAGAGGAGCAAGCGAGGCAAGCCAAGCUCGAGCAGGAGAAGGCCCUGGCGGAGAAGGCAGUGGCGGAGAAGGCAGCAGCGGAGGCGGUAGCUGCUGCGGAGGAGACGAAGAAGGCUUUCAAGGGGGACAUCAAGCCCGUCAUCACGCCGACGCUCGAGGAAUUAGAGGCGACCAAGAAGCGACUGGGGUACAAGACUGGAUAUUUCCACUUCGCCGUUGCGGGUACCUCUGGAAGUGGCAAGUCGUCGUUGAUCAACGCGUUCCGCGGUUUGCGAAACGGUUCGAACGAUCCAUCCGUCGGCAAGACCGGCGUCACCGAGACCACAAGCACCAUCACGCGCUAUAGGGACCCGAACGAAGCCAUCCCCUUCGCCUGGUACGACAUCCCUGGCGCAGGGACGCUCAGCGUGCCCGAUGCGGAGUACUUCAAUGUACAUGGGCUGUACAUCUUCGACUGCAUCAUUGUCCUGAUGGAUAUCCGCUUUACGGCAACGGAUGAGGCGAUUCUGCGGAACUGUGCGCGCUUCCAGAUCCCCUCGUAUCUCGUUCGCUCAAAGUCUUUGCAACACGUCGAGAACGUCAUGAGAGAUAUGCUGGGAGACGAUGAGGAGGAGAAGGAUGAUAAGGCGUGCAUGGAUGAGGCGGUUGAGAAGUACGUCACCGAGACCAGGGCGAGCGUCGCCGACAACCUCGCCAAGGCCGAACUGCCUGACCAGAGGGUGUACAUGGUUGACAUUGACAACAUCUUCAAGAUUGUGAAGAGGAGGAAACCGAAAAGAGCCAUCGAUGAAUACCAGCUAAUGGACGACUUGCUCUCGACAGCGCGGUAUAGGAGGAUUAAGCCGAAGCGGUCUCCCCAGUCUCUGCUGUUCUCAUCUGCUGCGUCGGCCCUUGCCCGCUCGUGCGGGGUGCCAUGA